AAAAUUCACCCAAACGUCAUUGUUUAAUAUAUACAGUACUCCAUGGAUAGAUGCGAACAAUGACUAUUAGAACUGCCACCAUAUAGCCCCUCCCUCAAAGCCGGCCUUGUGCAACCCUAUUCCGCUAUUCCUCUCUCUCGUUCUCCUCCCUCCCUCGUAUAGGCUUUCCUUCUUUUGGUUGGUGCAGCUUUUUUCCUCUUUUUUCAUAUACGGAGGGACCAAGGGAUAGCGAUUAAUCUCGGUCUCGCGAUAAACAACGACCAUGGACGGCCGGUGCAGCGCCGAGUCACGUAAUUCCGAGCCCGAGGAGGUUGGAAUAGCGCCCGAGAAUAACUCCCCGAGCCCGCCCGGCGACCCGAAAGCGGCCCGAUCCCUCUCUUCCUCCCAUAAGAGAAGCAGCCGGCGGUCGGUCCAGAAGCGAGUGGUGUCUGUGCCCAUCUCCGGCGACGGCGGAUCGCGGCCCAAAGGCGGCGCCGGCGGGGAGGGAGUACCACCGACGGACUCCUGGGCCUGGAGGAAGUACGGCCAGAAGCCGAUCAAGGGCUCCCCUUACCCGAGGGGGUACUAUAGGUGCAGCAGCUCCAAGGGUUGUCCGGCGAGGAAGCAGGUGGAAAGGAGCCGGGUAGACCCUGCCAUGCUCGUCGUCACCUACUCCUUCGACCACAACCACCCCUGGCCCCUCCCCAAGAACCACCACCAGCACCCCAAGCCUCCUCAGCCGGCAGCGGAGCCUCCCGUCGAGGAUCCGUCCCCGAUCCGCCCGAGCCCGCCGGAAUCGGCCGAUCUGGACCAAAAGUUCUCUGAUCUGAUCGGAGAAGAGCCGUCCCUCAUGAUCCACGACGAGUUCCGGUGGUUCUCCAACCUAGGAUCCCCGUCCUCCGCCUCGCCCCCGGCGGCCGCGGAGGAUCUGCUUUAUGGCUCGAUCUUCGCCGGCACGGCGUUGGGGCUCCCGGAGGAUUGCGGUGGCAAAGAGAUAGCGGAUGGCGAGGAGGAUGGGAUGUUCGCCGGGCUCGGGGAGCUGCCGGAGUGCGCGGUGGUGUUCCGGCGAGAGGGGUCGCGGCUGGCGCCGGCCUCGUGGUGCGGGAGUACCGGAUGACGCGGCGGCGAUCGAGCUGGGGGAGAUUUGAUGACGGCGUGGCGUGCGCCGUACGAUUAUGUUCUAUUUUUUAUCUCGAUAUUUUCACGUAAUAUAUAGUUUCUUUUUUUAUUUUC